AUGCGCCAGCCAUCAGGACCUGCCACUGACCUUGAUAAUAGCAGCAUGGCUUCGCCGGGAGGGAAUCGUUUCGUCCGAGACGCACCGGCACUUCCCCCGGGCGCCCCUAGGUCGCAGUCAACAAGCCCCUUCCGUCUAACUAUGCCCGAUAUCACGCCUGGGCAGCUCGCAUUCUCGGCCAUGCAGUUUCUCCCGGUGCCAGUGCUCGUCCUUGACGGCUGGAAAACGGUUGUCCUUGCCAACGCCGCCAUGGGAAGGCUUCUAGGCAUGGCCCCGGAUGGGGAGCAGGAGAUGGACGGCAUGGUCUCCGUCAUGGACCAGCUUCGGGGCCAGUCAUUGUCGCAGGUUGGCAUUGAUUUGGUGCAGGACAAAGUUCCUGUAUGGGUCGACUGGGAACAGUUCCUCGAACAGGUUGCCACCGAGAUUAGUCAUGAGACGGGCAUGGACAGCAGAAGCGGCUCAGAGCACGCGGACGGGGACGCCACCCCGGUCCCGACGGUCGCCGACGGUUAUAUCCACCAGUCAGACAAGACGACUCGACGCGGCUCAUCACCGAACGCCGUCGUCGAGGUCGUCAUAUCACGAAGGGAUAUCACCCGGACUACAUUCGACACCCGUGCCCGCUCAAAGACGGCCGACUUCCACGCCCAUGCUAAAAUGAUUGUCUCGGUUUGGAACAUCAGCGAGAGCCAAACCUUCUUCACUCUGACCUUUACAAAUACCGAUUUGGCACAGACCUCCUUGCCAGCCGGGAGGGAGCUGGUAGUCAGAUCACACCUGGUAGAUGCCGCUGACAGAAAGUGCGCCAUCACUCUGUCUAACCCUCCUUCGCAGGCCUCGAGUCACGGCUCUGCCUCUUCCUCAUUCAUGAUUAGCCCAAGCGCUGUUUCUCUUUCCUCGAGCCCGUUCCCGCCCCUCGGGCCUCCAUCAAAAUCCUCUGUAUCUAGCACUCCUUCGGUGCUGCAAAAGAUUACACUGAUGAAAGACACGUUGCUCGACAGCACGCAGACUCCAAUUCUAGCAAUGUGGAAAGACGGAAGUGUCACUCUUCCGAAUCGAGCCGCCCGCAAUCUGUUCAGCAAGUCCCCCGAGUCUGACAAGGUGUUGGAUGGCUUUGAACUCCUUCCAUCCUGGGCUCUUUGGACCGAAGACUUUAGCAGGCAGCUCGACCCAAGCGAGUACCCCAUUUCUGUUCUCAACCGGACAGAGACGCCCUUCACUGGCCGCCGCAUCGGCAUGCGCGACAGUGACGGACGGAACGCCGUCUAUGAGGCUGAGGGGACAGCGCUCAGGGAUAGCCAAACGGGCGAGUUCCUGGCUGGUGUGGUCACUUGCAGAGACGUGACCUGCAUGACAGAAGAAAUCAGUCGCAUCAAAGCAGCGGAUGAAGAGCGGUUCAAACUCAUAUGUGACACAAUGCCCCAGCUCGUCUGGACGGCUACCCCGGACGGCGCGCAUGAUUUCUUUAACAGCAGGUGGUAUAACUACACUGGACUUUCAGAGGAAGAUUCACUCGGCUUGGGGUGGAAGAAUCCGUUUCAUCCCGACGACAUCCCCGAGGCCCGAAAGAGAUGGAGACAGUCUCUCUUAACUGGUGAACCUUAUAUGACAGAGUACCGGUGCCGUAGCAAAGACGGUAACUACAAGUGGUUUUUGGGCAGGGCUUUACCAUUAAGAAAUAAGCAGACAGGACAAAUCGAGAAGUGGUUCGGAACCUGCACUGACGUUCACGAAAGUAUUGAAAGCAAGCUCGAAGCCAAGAGAAUCCGCCAGCAGCUUCUCAGCGUCAUUGCUCUCUCGCACAUGACAAUGUUCACUAUCGACGUCAAUUAUAAGGUCACCAUGUUAGAAGGCGCCCUAAUCUGGGGUUCGAAUUGCGAAAACAACGGAUCCAGUUGGUACAUCGGGGAAAACGUCUAUGAUGUUUUCAACCGCCUUAACUCACAAUUACCUGAAGGGCAAAUGCCUCCUUUCCUAAUACCUCUCGACUGUAUCCUUUCUGGGAGGGCGACCGAGGAUUUCCAGGAGCACGAGAUGGAGGGACGUUGGUACCGAACCCGUUUCCGGCCCGUUACUGCCAAAAACAGCCGUGUCAAAGAUACAAACGAUACUGUUAUUGAGGGCGUAAUUGGCCUUAUCAUGGAUGUUACAGAGCUGAAGGCCCGAGAAAAGGACAUCCAAGACCAAGUUCUAGAAAAGAGGCAACUAGUAGCCAAUGAAGCGGCUGCCAAAGAAGCCAGCAGACUGAAGAGCCAAUUUCUUGCUAAUAUGUCUCAUGAGAUUCGGACACCGAUUACUGGCGUGAUCGGGAUGGCUGAGUUACUACUCGAUGCGCAGUUAGGAGAAGAACAGCUCGAGAUCACCGAGAAUAUAUAUCGAUCCGGGAACGCCUUGCUGACUGUGAUCAACGACAUCUUGGACCUCUCAAAGGUUGAAUCUGGGCGACUCGAUAUCGAGGAAGUGCAGUUCUCGCUCUCGGUCAUUGUCAGAGAUGUUGGGAAAAUGCUUAGCUUUGCAGCCGAAAGAAAGGACCUCGACUUUCAAGCCGAUAUUGCCUCGGACAUUGAGAGCAAUCUCGUGGUCAUAGGCGACCCUGGCAGGGUGAGACAAAUCAUCACCAACCUGCUCACGAAUAGCAUCAAAUUCACCAACCAGGGUUGCGUCAAGUUUUCCGUCUUGAAGGAGAAAGAGACACCUGACAUUAUAGAGAUCAGGUUUGUCGUCGAGGAUACAGGGAUAGGCAUCGAGGAAGAGGUUCGGAAACGUCUUUUCCAACCCUUUAGUCAAGGCGAUCCAUCCACAGCCAGAAGGUUUGGAGGAACAGGGUUGGGGCUCACCAUAUGCAAAAACCUCCUGGACCUGAUGAAGGGGAGGAUGACUAUGGAAUCGACAAUAGGGACCGGGACCACGGCGACAUUCUGGGUACCUUUCAACAAACCUCAUGGGUCUCAGUCCGCAGGCUUGGUUCGAAUAGGACCACUACCCGACAGACUACAAUCUGAGAUGAGCGUGUCUUGCAAUAGCUCCGAGUAUGAGCAGAUGCUAGGUCCCGCGGAGCAAGGAGCAAGGUUGCCGGAAAAAGGAAGGUCGUCCUGGAGGCAUUUAUCUAUUAGCUCCUCGGCGACAGGGACACAGGAGGAGGAUCUCUCGGCAUCCGAGCGGGCCAACAUCCAGGUCUUGGUGGUCGAGGACAAUGCAAUCAACCAGCAGAUUGCCAUCAAGACCAUUAGGAAACUGGGAUUUCAAGUUACCGCGGUGUGGAAUGGCAAGGAGGCCCUCGAGUAUCUCGUUGCGGCUGAAGAAGGGAUACAAGCGAAGCCGAACAUCAUCCUCAUGGACGUCCAAAUGCCGGUUAUUGAUGGUUACAAAUGUACACAUCUCUUACGACACCACCUCCCAUAUAAGGCCUUUGUCAGCGCUGUCCCGAUUGUUGCCAUGACGGCCUCGGCGAUCCAAGGAGACAAGGAGAAAUGUAAACGGGCAGGAAUGGACGACUACUUGGCAAAGCCCGUCAAGAAUAAAACGCUGGAGCGCAUGCUGGUGAGGUGGAGCAGGCGGAAGAGGGCAGACACGCCGCCAAUAAGCGGCCCGAGCAGUAUCUCAGACUGCGCUGAGACGGGUGAGAGUUGCGAUAACACCGAAAUACCCGGGGUUGGCCACGAAGAUGCAUUGACGCCCGUCAUGACCGGGGACUACAAUGGACUGGACGACAAGCAUAGCGUCGACACUCCACGUCCCCUCGCACUCAAUGACGCUACCGACCAUUACCCCUUCCCCGGCAACUACGCCAUGCCACCGCCGCCACCGACACCGCCACCAUCGACAAUGUCACCUUCUGAGUCCAAGCCCACUUCGGACUGCCAGGUGGAAGCCGACUUGCUGCAGCCCAUCCGCCGCAUCGUAACGGACGAGCGGGCCAUGAAUAGCCGCGAUGAUAAAUUGAUCGAUGUCGCAAGCUGUGGUGGCGCAUCGACGCACUCGAUGACCUCGCCUUUGUUGUCAACCGGCGAGGCGCUGACAGUGGAGAAUAUCGGCCGACUGGAGAAAGAAUCCUCGAGGAUCUCCUCGUCCAAAUACCCUUGA